ACGCAUCCAGGAAUACUACAACUCUUGUUGUUGUCUAUUUUUUUUCUGUUAUUUGUUGUUGUUAUUUUGGUGCCACGUGCCACUUGCCACUUGCCACUAGAAGCAUGUUCACUAAUUGGCUAACUGGCAGCAGUAGCAGCAGCAGUUCCUCCAGUCGCUCCACUAUAGCAGCAGCAACAGCAGCAGCCGGAGGAGCUGCCUCGGGAGGUGCCUCUGCUUUGGUGAUGAGUUCCCCACCGGAUGUUAUCCUGGAAGUGGGUCCUGCCCCCGGCAGUAGUGUUCGUUUCGUGGCCCAUUCUCUGGUGCUGGGCAUGCAUAGUGGAUACCUGAGAUCCGCCAUUCGAUUGGACGAGGCAGCUGUGGUGGCGGCCAACGCCAAUUCGACCACCACGACCACGCCCACGGGGGAACUGUUGCUCUAUCUGAGCAAUGUUACGGCGGAUCAGUUUGCUCCGCUCCUGACGUACAUGUACACGGGCUACCUCGACCUGACCGUCGACAACAUCUUUGCAGUCCUGCUGGCCACCCAUGUCCUGCACAUGCCCCGGGCCUUGGAGAUCUGUCGCUCAUUUCUGGCUCGUGCCCAGACCGAGGGCUAUCUGAAUGGCAAUCCCCCGGCCGCCCAGCUCUGCCCUGUGGCCCCCGCACCCAGCAACGCCAAGGUCAUCCGUCCGAUUCCCAGCAAGGCCACUCUGCCCAACUACGGUUUCCUGCCCCUGCCACAGGCGGCUGCUGCUGUGCCACCGCCACCGCAUCCUCCACCACCGCCACCGAAUCCCACGGCCCUGUGCCCCUUUGGAGGAGCUCCGGGCGCCACUCUGCAGCAGGAGGAGCCGCUAUCCCUCGGCCACUACAUGCACGACGCGGAGGAGGACGAGGACAAGGACGAGGAUGUGGAGGUCUUCAUCGACAGCAACACGGUGACGGACAACGAGGCCGAACCGGAGCCGGACGUGGACAUGGACUGCAAUGUCUCGGUGGUGAGCUCCUUGGCCGGGAGCAGUGCCGGCAGUCUCAACAUCGAGCGCCUGGAUGUGAAGCCGCCGAGUCCGGCCGCCCCGCCACCCCCGGUGGUCAUCAUAGCAGCCCCACCAAAGCCCCAAAAGGUGCCGUCGACCAACAAAAAGGACAAGUCCCGGAGCAAGGGCUCCUCCAGCCGCAACAGAAAGCCCUCGAAUGGCCUACAGGUGGCCAGGGCUCCAGUGCCGGCGGCCCAACUGGAAAUGGGAAGCACCGGCACGACCUCGAGCUCCUCCUCGAAGUUCAUCAUCGAUGUGGCCAGCUGCGAUGGACCGGUGCGGUUUCGUCGGAUUCUAAACACCGCCUACGGCCACAAGCCCGAGGACCUGAACGGAGGAGUACCUGGCCAUGGCGCCGGCUCUGGGAGUGGCACUGGCUUGGAGCAACAUCGCAGCCAGCAGAGUGUCAGCUAUUCGUUUCAUCAGCAAAUGGCCAGGGCCAUAAGUAGCCAGCAGAGGCAGAUGAGCCAGCAGCAGCUGGAGGAGAGCGAGAACAGUGGAGAUGCUGGCAGUGCCACUGCCACCACUACCACCACCAUCAGCAACACCACCACCACAACAACAACCCCAAGCCGACAACAACAGAAAGCCAACUCGAAUGCAACAUCAACUGGUAGCUCCUCCUCGACGUCCACCAACUCCUCCUCCGCCUCCUCGGCCGCCGCCAGUCACCAGGAGCUGUACGUGUGCGUCUAUUGCAAGCACACUUUUAAAUCCCAGUACUGCUACCAGAAGCAUGCCAAACGGCAUCUGAAUCCAUUGAGCCUGACCACGGCUGCCACCACAACAACGGAUAAAAAGUUGCUCCUGGCGGUGACAGAACCUCUGGAAUUGGAAGGCAAUUCAAUAACAGCAUCGGGUGGAGCGGCUGGCACUGGCAUUAGUGUCCCGGGCACCGCUGCCAACAACAAUCCAACCGGAGGCUCAGUGGGUGGUGCUGGUGCUGGUGGUGGUGGAGGGGCCUUGCUAAGGAGGGAGGUGCGUCCCUUGGACAUGAAUGUCCAGUACUAUCCUUGCAAAACGUGCGGCAGCAAGUUUCCCAGCUACUAUUUCGUCCACAAGCAUCGCAAAAUGUGUCAUGCCGAUGAAAUCGAAGCGGCGGCAGCGGCAGCAGCAUCAACAGCCACUAGCAACACCAACAGCAGCAACUCCAGUCACGGCAGCAACAACAGCCAUUCCAAGAAGGAACAAACAGCUGCGAGUGUCACGGUCGCCAUGGAAACGGGAGAAGAUCAACAGCAGCAGCAACAUCAAGAUUAA